AUGACAGAAAUUAACGACUCUAAUGAACCUAGUACGACUAAUAAUAGCAUUACCAACAAACCAAUUUCCACUUCAUCUCCAGCAGGACUAGCCGCUGCUUCAAUGGUAACACCACAAAGAUUAUCUACAUUAUUAUCUGAUAAAGGUCCAUUAGCAAUUAGAUACAUUACUAAAUAUUUAUCAAAGGAUAUACCAUGCUUUGAGAAAUUAUCAAGUUCAAAACAAAGAAGAUUGAUUAUUAAUGCAAUGGAAUUAGGUGAUAAACAAAAUUCAAUCAUUUUUGAAAAAAUUGGUUGGGGUCAAUGGUCAAUUAAAUUCGUACCAAUUGAAGAUUUUGAAUCACAAAGAAAAUUAAUUAAUAUUGCAAAUUUAAAAAUUAAAGAUAAUCAUCAAUCUACGACUAAUAAGAGAAGAAAAAGUACUACCGCCGUCCAAACAAACGUUAAGCCAACUACAAUGUUUAUAGAUGAAAAUGUGUUACACUCAGAUGAUUCAGAUUCCGCCGAUGAUCGCAUAAUGUCAAUUGCUAAAAUCAUUAAUAAUAACAACAAUAAUAAACAAACUACCUUUAGUUUAGAUAGAAGACAAUCAACAGUAAUAUUCAAUGAACAAUUAUUCAUUCCUUCACAACAACAACAACAACAACAACAACAACAACAACAACAACAACAACAACAAAGCUCCUUACAAUCUGAUGAAAAUUCAACUUUUAAUGAACAAGAAUUAUUAGCACACAAAAUUAGACCAAUUAUUAAAAAUAAACAACAACGUCGUCGUUCAAGUUUAGCAAAACCAAAUAUUACUCUAAGAAAAAAUUCAGUACAACAACAACAACAACAACCGGAUUCUUCACCUGUUCAAAGUGACUCCGGAAUCACAUCCUUAAGCGAACCAAAUUCAAGAAGACCUUCCUAUGUUUCAUCAAAUAUAAGAUCCACAUUAAUUCCAACAAAUAAACUGAAUAAUUAUCGUUGGAUACCAACCUCCCCACCACAAUUAUCAAAGUUAAGUGGUAAAAAUUAUUCUCAUAAUUUGAAUUCAAUUUCAAAUGAUGAAUUGUUAGUUUCGGAUACCGAUGAAGAAGACUGGGAAUCAAUGGGUGCUGCAUCCUUAAGAAAUUUGAGUAAUAAUAGUCUAACAAAGGAAAACACUGACAGCUCAUUAAAUAAGAAGAUUACUCCAAAGAUAAAAAACGAUAAUGAUGCCGCUUUACUUUUAAUGAGCUUAAAAUCAUAA